UUGUUCUGCAUCUGGAGUUGGAAUAGGCUGCCGCGUCAGCCUCAUUUUCCAUUUCCCCUAUAAUAAACGGCUAUUCCCCUUCAUCCCUUCUCCACUCCAACUCAGGCCGCCGCACGUACCGACGACCCCGUGUUAUAUCGCGAGCUCGAAUUUUUUGGAUCCUGAACUGAGGCUUGUCAAUUUUUCAAUCAGGGCUCGACAACAGCCCGAGUGGAAAGCUUGAUCUGUCAGGUGGAAGUACGCGCAACGUUUUGUAUUCCGACAUUAAAUUUCGUGUUGAAAGGUCAAUUUUUGUGCUCAUGGAAGGAGCCAUUCCCAUUUCCUGGAACACAAGGAUUGCUGUGGUCACCGGCGGCAGCAAAGGGAUCGGGCUAGAGGUGUGCAAGCAACUGGCAGGCAGCGGCAUCACGGUCGUCCUCACAGCCAGGGAUGAGACGAGGGGGACGGCGGCGGUCGAGCAGAUCGUACGCUUGGGCCACUCAGAUGUGAUUUUCCAUCAGCUAGACAUCACGGAUGCUCUGAGCAUCGCUCGGUUGACUGACUUUCUGAAGGCUCGUUUUGGGAAGCUUGACAUUCUGGUGAAUAAUGCCGCUACUGAUGGGAUUGAGCAAGUACUUGAUCCUGUUUAUGGUUCGAUACCCGGCGACGAAAAGUUCGAUGGAAUGGAUGCGUACCAGAGAAUUGAUUGGAUGUGGGCCAAUUGCCGGGAGACUUACGAGACCGCAAAACAGGGCCUGCAGACGAACUACUACGGGACCAAGCGGGUAACAGAAGCUCUCCUGCCCCUGCUCCAAUCCUCCUCAGAUGGAAGGAUCGUCAAUGUCUCCUCCAACUUCGGAUUACUAAGCCUUUUCCGCAAUGAGGAGCUGAAGCAGGAGCUGAACGACGUCGAACGCCUGACGGAGGAGAGGCUGGACGAGCUGCUGGCCAUAUUCCUCCAAGACUUCGAGGCCGGCGCAGCGGAGGCGCGCGGGUGGCCGGCGGAAUUCUCGGCGUACAAGGUGGCCAAGGCGGCCAUGAACGCGUACUCGAGGAUCUUGGCGAAGAGACACCCGGAGCUGCGCCUCAACUGCGCGCACCCGGGAUACGUAAGGACCGACAUCACCAGGAACUCCGGGAUCCUGACGCCCGAGGAGGGCGCGCGCAACGUCGUGAAGGUGGCGCUGCUGCCGGAAGACGGGCCGACCGGCGUGUACUUCCACGAGGGCCAGGAGGCGUCUUUCGUGUGAUAGUAGCAGUACUGUUCCACCGUCGUGCUAUGUGCUGCCAUAAUCUGCAAGGCAAGAUUGAGAAGAAGCGAGGUCGAGAGUUAUUGUAUUUUGUUACGUGUAAACCUGUCGGAUUGAUCGUCCUGUUA